CGUUUAAUUAUCCCGGAUUUUCUGUCGAAGAUCACGAGAAAGAUUUCUGGUCGAACUAGUGAUCGGGGUAAAGGAAAAACUGUUACGAAAGAUCUUGAGGACGGAUUGAAAUCAGAGCUAGAAUGGCUGGGUGCAUUAGCUUUGUUCUGAUCGCGAUCGCGUCGACGAUCGUGAUGGCGGAGUCGAGGGUGAUUCCGGCCGAGCCUGUUUCCGUCACGCUGGACGCUUACGGUAACCCCGUAAUGUUCCUGAGGGAGAAGAGGACGGCCGUACGGCCUUAUCCGCACAGAACGAUGAUGUUUACCGGUUACUACAGACCGAUACGUCGCACGAGUAACGGCGGCCAGGCGACGGGCGUGUUCGCGCAGGGAAAUGCUGUGAGCGGCGAAGCUUUCCUCGGCGGGGUGCGGCACACGCCGCAUCUCAAGCGCGGCCCGGAACCGAUCGAGGAAUCGGAAGUGUCGAGCGCCGAGGCGCAGGCGGCAUUGGCGCCCGAAGAGGAGCAGGAACACGACUAUCAUCAUCAUCGAAACGAGGUGCAGCGUCACGAGGAGGAGCACCAUCAUCAUUACGAUGAGGAGAAGGAGCAGAUUCAUCACGACGAGCCGCAUUAUCAUCAUCAUGAGGAUUCUCUGACCCCUCAGGAAGAGGAGCAGAUUCCGUUAACCACGGAGAUUGCGCAACCGACGGAGAAGCCGAUCACGGCCACGGAAGUGUCCGCGACCCGACCAAAAGUGCAUCAUCUCAAGAAGACGCAUAAGACGCCCGUAACUGUCCACGCCGACGACGAUGACGACGACGAAGACGAGGUGGAUGAGGAAGACGACGAACCGGUCGUGCCGUUCGUACCUUUUAAGGGCAACAAACGCCGCCAGGGUCAUCCCCAUCUGAACAACUUCUUCCCUAUGGUCUUCAGCUUUCCGAGACUGGCCACUCGCGCUGGGUACUCUUCUGGGUCUCUUCCUGGUGCCAUCACUGCCAUUGCAAAUAGUUUCUCCACGUCAAGAGGCGGAAUUGCCAGCUCGGUAGCCACUGCCUACGGCGGGUCUCCAAACGGGAAAAAACAACGGCCUCAGCCAUAUAAGGAAUAACUCCUAAAGCGAUCGAUGUCGGCGAGUUGAAAAACUGAGUUUUUCUGGAAGCUUUUAAGAUGAAAAUACAAUAUCCUUUGGACAUCUCGCAUGUUAUUCGUGUAAUUGCCAAGUCUUUUUACAUGUAUUGUUAAAUAUUUGUCAAAUCUCAGACAUUACUAACAACAAUUUCGACUUUGGCGAAACGCAUACUCCUUAUUCCGCAUGCUCGCCAACCUUCGGUUGGCAGCAGUCGGGAGUGAAAAAAAAUAUAUAUUAAGCUAUACAUAGAAGUAUUUUUGUUUAAGACUGUGCAAUUUAUUAUGUAAGAUACUUUGUUAAAGUUAAGUAGACUAACGCAAAUUUGCAGUCUGUUAGUAUAUUUAGAUUAUACCGAGCUUUAAAUUAUUGCUGUACUACUUUUUAUAUUAAACUUUUAGACAUAGAUUGUAAUUGUUUGACUUACAAGGAAACAAUUCGAUUUGGAUGAACUUUUGUAAAUAUGUAGAGUGAAUUUGAUACAUAAAUAACAGAAUAUUUUAUUCGUGCUCUAUCGUCCUUAAAGAUAUGAUUUUCAACCUUAAAAUUAAAAGCGCGUUCCCAU